GUAGCAGCCACGGCCCGCGCCACCCCCCGGACGUGUUCCGCCAAGCCGAGGAACCGAACGAAGCGAGCGUGCGUGCGGGCCCGCCGCCCGCGUCUCUCCCCUCCCCCACCCCGGUGGGUCUCGCGCGGCGCAGACGCCCAUAAAAACCAAACCCCCACGACGACGCAUCGCCCUCUCCUCCGUUCCCCACACCAAGUCGCCCGCCGCUGGGAUUGGGAGCCCCGAUACGAGACGAGGCCAGCUGAGCAGCGGGCACCCCGGGGGGCCGGAGCGCGCGAUGGACGAGUACCGGACGCGCCGGUCGCCGGCGGGCGAGCGCUUCAUGGGGAUGUUCUCGUCGCCGUCGACGCCCUCGUCGUCCCCGACGGAGCCCUCGUUCGUCGCCGGGGACGAGCUCCACGAGGACGACUUCCUCUUCUCGUCGCCGGACGCCGCGCCGCCGCCGCCCAGGAGCCCCGGCCGGGGGGCGCCGCAUGCGCAGGGGCACCUCGGCCUCCUCGCCGCGCUGGCGAUGCACGAGGGGGACAGGCGCCUCCUGGUCCGCGGCGGCGCCGGAGGGGGAGGGACGGCCGCCGCCGCCGCCGCCGCCAGCGCCGGGACGCUGCUCCGGCGCAAGGCGACCAUCGCGGCGGCGGCCGCCUCGGCCUCGGCCUCGGCGGCGGCGGCGACCGGGACCGGGGCCGGGGCCGGGAGCGGGGGCGCGAUGUCGCCCACCCAGUCCCCGAACUCCGCCGCGCGGGCCAUCCCGGCGACCGCGAGGCCGAAGAACGCCGGGCCAGCAGCCCCGCCGUACCACCAGUCGGCGCCCGUGAGGGUGCCCGUCCGGCCGCCCCGGAAGCCGGAGAUGGGCCGGUGGGACGAAUUCGACGACGACGACGACGACUUCCGGCGCGGCGACGCCACCAUGCAGCCCCCGCACGAGAUGGUCGCCCGCGCGUCCGCUGGUGGGGCCGGGCCCACCGCGCCUUUCUCCAUGCUCGAGGGCGCCGGGCGCACGCUCAAGGGCCGAGACCUGCGGCGGGUGCGCGACGCCGUGCUCCGGCAAACCGGGUUCCUCGACUGAAUCCGGCGAGGUGAUGUGGCUCUGGCCUUUUGUUCAGAACCGUGUGCUCAGAGUCGUAGAUGCGUUACAGUAGGGUACAAUUGUAGAGGGUUCUUGCUGUAGAUCGAGAGGCAAAGCGGGAAGGUAAGGUAACAUGUUGAGUUUUUCAUACAACUGCUUGCAAUUUUGGUGUCCUUGGAUGUGUGCGUGUCAUAUUACUGUAAGCUUCAGCAGUAAUAAGAACUGGCGUCCUGUGUCUGUCUCUGCGAGCUCUCUGUAAUUCAGGAGGAAAGAGAUUUUUUUUCUUUGUCAGGGUUGUUUAUUAGGUGUCCCUAUCAACUAUCGUGAUGAUUGUCAGAGACCUAUGGUUUUCGUUCUUAGUGAAAAUAUUAGUUUUGUUUCUUACUC